CUCGUCCUACAGCCCUCCUCCCUGCGUGCACAGUGAAUCGCACCUUCUAGAGUCCUAACUCAGUUCUGGAGGACCAGCAUCCCCCGGAUCUGCCCCUCGGGCUGUGGCGGCCCCUGCUCCCGGGAUGCGAGAGACAGGGACCCGCCCGCGGUGUGCCUUGAGGUGCGCGGAGCUCUCGCCUCGGCGCGCACUGUCCUGAGUCUGAGGACGCGCGUGGAGGAAGGGAGUCGCAGGUUUGGGCAGGUGCAUAGACAGGCUAUGGUGACAGGAAGAUGUUGGCCAGGAAGAGUAUCAUCCCCGAGGAGUAUGUACUGGCACGCAUCGCCGCGGAGAAUCUGCGCAAGCCGCGCAUCCGCGACCGCCUCCCCAAAGCCCGCUUCAUUGCCAAGAGCGGAGCCUGCAACCUGGCGCACAAGAACAUCCGUGAACAGGGUCGCUUCCUGCAGGACAUCUUUACCACCUUGGUAGACCUGAAGUGGCGUCACACGCUGGUCAUCUUCACUAUGUCCUUCCUCUGCAGCUGGCUGCUCUUCGCUAUUAUGUGGUGGCUGGUGGCCUUCGCCCACGGGGACAUCUAUGCUUACAUGGAGAAAAGCGCAAUGGAGAAGAGCGGCCUGGAGUCCACUGUCUGUGUGACCAACGUCAGGUCAUUCACGUCUGCGUUCCUAUUCUCCAUUGAAGUUCAAGUGACCAUCGGAUUUGGCGGGAGAAUGAUGACUGAGGAAUGCCCUCUGGCCAUCACGGUUUUGAUUCUGCAGAACAUUGUGGGUCUGAUCAUCAACGCGGUCAUGUUGGGCUGCAUCUUCAUGAAAACGGCUCAGGCCCACAGAAGGGCGGAGACUCUGAUUUUCAGCCGCCAUGCUGUGAUCGCAGUCCGCAAUGGCAAGCUGUGCUUCAUGUUCCGGGUGGGUGAUUUGAGAAAGAGCAUGAUAAUUAGUGCGUCAGUGCGCAUCCAGGUAGUCAAGAAAACAACGACACCCGAAGGGGAGGUGGUGCCGAUUCAUCAGCUGGACAUUCCAGUGGAUAAUCCCAUUGAGAGCAAUAACAUCUUCCUAGUAGCCCCUUUGAUCAUCUGCCAUGUGAUUGAUAAGCGUAGCCCCCUAUAUGAUAUCUCAGCAACUGACCUUGCCAAUCAAGACCUGGAGGUCAUAGUGAUUCUGGAGGGUGUGGUGGAAACCACUGGCAUCACCACGCAGGCACGGACCUCCUACAUUGCCGAGGAGAUCCAGUGGGGACACCGCUUCGUGUCGAUUGUGACCGAGGAGGAGGGAGUGUACGCUGUGGACUAUUCUAAAUUUGGUAAUACUGUGAAGGUGGCUGCCCCAAGAUGCAGUGCCCGGGAGCUGGAUGAGAAGCCUUCCAUCCUGAUUCAGACCCUCCAAAAGAGUGAACUAUCACACCAGAAUUCUCUGAGGAAGCGCAACUCCAUGAGAAGAAACAACUCUAUGAGGAGAAACAACUCCAUCCGGAGGAAUAACUCUUCUCUCAUGGUGCCUAAGGUGCAAUUCAUGACUCCAGAGGGAAACCAGUGCCCAUCAGAAUCAUGACGGCAGGAUGAUUCUGAGACUGUCACACUGAGUUCUGAUGGCUGACAGCCCUGAGACAGUACCAUUGAAUUCUGAUGACUGACAGCCCAAGACAGUUACUCAUUGAGUUCUGAUGGCUGAAUAUUAGACUGAGCACCAAGAUAGGGUUGGAACGCAGUAUUCAUAGUUUAAUGCACUGAAAAAUGUUUCAUAUUCAAGAAAUACAACUUCCUGUAUUAAUAAACAAUAACACUCAAUGCAGAAGACUCAUGGCUCACACUUGUUUCACACACAGAAUGUCACUGUGACAUGCUAAAGUUACUGAAUAGAACACAGAAGGUAUUCAUGGCUCUCAUUUUGAAACACAAUUUAGGAUUGGAUCUGGAAUUCCACACCCGGCCAAGGAUUGAGUCUGUCUGAAACAUGUAAUUGGUGAGCUCACGGCUAUGCUGUUUCUACUGCUCAUUCUACACCUGCAGAUAGAAUGGGAAGGUGAAUGUUCCAAUCACAUUAAGCACCUUUUGUAUGUCAACCUUAUUCUUUUUUCAUGAUGCUGUAUGUGGUAGAAAGCAUAAAGCAAACCUCUUACAUCUGUCUGCUUCUAAGCAGCAUUUGAUCAGUCACUAAUCCUAUACACUGACUUCUCUGUACAGUCUGUUGGGUAGAACUGGGCAAGAGUCUGCAGAAAAGCUGAGUCCUUGCUCUUGUUCAAGUGUUUUCUCAACUUUCUCCCCCACAAAAAAAAAACUGUAUUGAAUAUUUUAU